GUUCAGACAUUGUCAAAUGUGUUAGGUCAAAGGCAGCCAUCGUAUGCUCCCAAAAAACCUUUGCAUUAUUAUUAUUUGAUUUUCUUUGUCAUAUAUUAUUCCUAAACCAUUUUUGUCAAAAACUUCAACUGCAACCUUUCUCCUUUUUCUUACUUGUUUUUCUCCCUUCUCUUUCUAACACACGUUUCUCAAUUUCUGGUGAGAGAGAGAGAUAGGAAGAAAUGUGUCCUCUGAGAAUAAUUCUGAUAUUCCUUUCGGCAACUCUCGCCGGUUUCUUUGUCCUCCGAAACCUCAAGUCACAGCACGAAGCAUUAUCCCCUGCCGGCGAGGAAACCCACCACGAUCUUGAUGAGUCAGACAAAACCCAUUUGUCAAAUUCGUCGACUUCUUCGGUUAACCGAUUCUCCAAGGUUCGCUCAGCUAUGGAGACUGGAUUUUGGACCUGUGUGGAUAUGGCUAGUGGUCGCUACCUAUGGAGGCAUUUGUCUAAGAGAUCUGAAUGACCUCUAUUCUUCUCGUUGACCGGGUUGUGUCUGAUUCUUGUGAAGAUUUUAUUGCUGUUCAGGUUUGGGUUUGACUAUGGUGUAUCAUUUAGUUGACGAGGAUUUUCAUUAUUAAUAGCCUGUGUAAGAAAUGUAAUUCUUGGCUCAAUUGGAAAAUCCAUAUAUUGUUAGCUUUAACAAAAUCUUGUACUCCCUAUAAUCAAAUGUAGCAGUUGAAAGUUGGGGUUUUGGUAUAGUAAUGAAAUAAGGUGACAUUUUUCGUGUCUGUUUAAACCCCCUUUUUCAAUGGAGGAAAAUCAGAAAUACAUUAACUCUUUGAAUUUACUUCCUCAA